UUUUGAGAGAAGACGUACAUGUACAACAUAUCAGGCCUACGUAUACAACUGUAAGGAGUCUCUCUAGUAACCGCUUAUUAUAGUUAACGCCCAUCCUGCUCUCAACACUCUCUACAACGACGCCACUUGUCAACUACUACUGUUUAACUCUUGCGUUUUUAACACAUAAAAUAAACACACUCAGGACUUUGUGUACUAUUUUGAAAGUAUACUCUCUACCAUUCUUCAGUGUAUUUAGAAGAUUGAGUCAACAACUGUUGGACAUUGUUUAUGGUAUAUUUGAACAAAGUAUUGUGUUCCCAUCGCAGAAACCACAGCUAGCUCUGUUCAAGCAUAUCGUAUUAAAUUCGAUCGAAAUGGAAUUAAUUUCAUCGCACGAUCUACUGGUAAUUGUACCGUGGUUGUAAAGUGAAGGCUCAUUGAAAUCGCGCCAUGACAGUAUCAAAAGAUAAUUUAUGCACGUGUUGGAAUCUUUUAUUCAAUUAACAUUCCUGAAACACUCGGAAAUGAAUGAGGUGAUUGACCGGCGGUUAUGAUCAUUAUUAUUGGCAGCAGUGUUGAGUCCUGGAUCAGGAAAUCAUUCUUAACGUCUUUUUCUUCAGCGCUCAUCUAAAGGUUUCAUAUUCCAGCACAUGAAAUGGUUCGAUAACUUGAUAGGAUGAUGAGCUGAUCUUAAAAGACCAAUAACCAGGAUGACGACAAAGCUGCUCAUGAAGGAAGGAGUGUCUUAUUACAAGUAUUAGGCGGAAGCAGCUUGUGAGCUAGCUUUGUAAUUAUAUUGGUUGUGUUAUUGCGGAUGAAAGUUUGCUUUCGAAACCAUAUUAGCGUGAACGUGAACUAUGAUAACAAUAAUUCUACCUCAUUUUACCGAAUAAAGAAUGGAUUCUCUGGUCAUCACGGUAAUCGAAACUCGUUUUAUUGCACGUAAGCAGUUAAUGUUGUAAACAUUUUCAAGAGCCUGUAUAAGAUCUCUAUUCAACCGUUUGAAGAAUAUUAAAGACUUUUAUUGACUACCAUGACGAUGAAGUUGUCAUCAACGUCGCAACGAUAAACAUUAGCCUUUUGAUAAUAAUACAGUCCAGUUGUUAAAGCACAAUACACGUGAGCAUGAAAGGCGUCGCCAUAAUGUCGCUGAAAUCCUCAUCAUAUCGUGGUAUAUUAGUGCUCCCCAUCACCUUAAUGCUGAUGGGCGUGGUCAGGGCGGAGUUUAAUUACACCACGCUACCAGUAAACUUUGUCACGGUGGAAGAGGGAGAAGGGGCCAAUCUGCAAGUGAACCUCACCGGUAUAACGAAAACUUUUCAAAUUGAAACGUUGAGUAGUGAUAUACAAAAGUUUACUCUUGAACAAGCCAUCUUUCAGGUUAACCCCAUCUAUGAAACGAUUCUGCAUCCUAAUGGUUCGACCGGUCAAAGACUUCGAACGGACGGAAUACAUACUAUAACCAUUGCAAUAAGAGGUAUUUCAUUUGGUAUUAGACAAAUUGACUUUGAUGUGAGAGAUGAAAUGGGUUUAGUGGAUCCUAGUCUUCAAAUCCAGCCGUUUACUGUCAAAGUGAUCCGACAACCGAGCUCCGUGGGGACUAUUUUCACCUAUGUCUUGUUGGUAUGGCUCAUGGUGAGUUAUGUUACCAUGGGAGUAAAGUUGGAAUGGACUGUCAUCAAGCAAAAGAUAAGGAGACCCUUUGGAGUAGUGAUUGGUGCGAUAUGUCAGUUUAUUGUGAUGCCCGGUGUGGCUGCACUCCUAGCAAGGGUGUUGAACCUGGAACCUACAGCAGCUGUGGCUCUGAUCAUCGUUGGUUCAUGUCCAGGAGGAUGGCUAAGUAAUAUCUUUACUCUUCUGCUUGAUUGUGACUUGGUGUUGAGCCUAACAAUGACGUUCUGCUCCACGGUGAUAGCGCUAGGUAUGAUGCCUCUGAAUCUAUUCAUCUAUGCCACUCCAUACGCCGGUAACAACAGUGAUAUCAGUAUUCCCUUCGUGCAGAUCUUCAUCCAACUCAUUACAUUAGUGGUACCUCUUUUCAUCGGAACAUUCAUCGCUCAUCGGUACCCUCGAGCUGCUAAAUGGUUCAACCGUCUCCUGAAACCACUGGCUGUUAUCCUUGUCAUGGUAGGGUUCGCUGCAGGACUCUGGGCCAACUACUUCGCCUUCCAGUCGCCUGCAGAGCUCUAUCUCAGUGCGAUUAUCCUACCCUGUGUAGCCGGUCUUCUAGGUUUCUUCGUGGGUAAACUCACUUGCUUGUCUAACCGUUCUGCCAUCACCAUCGCAAUUGAAACAGGGUCCCAAAAUAGUCUCUUGGCAACCUCUGUCAUAGGACUAUCGUUUCCUCAACCUGAAGCCGAUCUAAUGACGAGAGUCCCUGUCCUCUUCGUUACCUUCACUUUCAUCCAAGGCUUCUGUUUGACGUCCAUCUACGUCAUCACGAAACGAUUUCCUGGUCGAUUUGAGCUACCAAAUGAUGACGACGAUGAUAACCAGGAUGAUAAUAAUAAAGCAAUUAAUCUUGAACAAUCGCGAGGUAAUGAAGAUACGAAGCUCGAUAUUUCCUCAAGAAUAUUCGGCAUCGGUCCCAAGCAUCUUGAGCAAUCGUCCAAAUCAAGAACGAAUAGAAAGCAAUCGUGGACGGCCUCGAAGUCGACACAGGUCGACCUUGAAGAGAUUCGUCGCAGUUCAAAGACCACGUCGAACGUCAUGUCCCACAUCGGGCCCAACGUCAACCACGCUUUCUCUUAUGAGUCUGAGGGUAAUGCACCAAGGCCUGUCUAUAGCAUUAGUACUGCCACCAUGAAUGAUAGCGAUACUAUCAACAAGAGAUCAAGACAGGUCUAUUUAUGAUUGUUUCAAUAUCGAUGAAAGUGAGACUAAAUUAACAAAGGGCCUUAUAUACCGUAGCCAACUUUGUAAUGUGGGCGAUAAUGGGAAGGCAAUGCGCACGAACGUACAGAAAAUUGGACAGAAAUACUGGAAACUCGGUCAUCCCAUUCACGUUUGCUGGUCAGUGGCGGACUUAAGGAGGAGGGGGGGGGCAUGUCCGAUUUGUCCAUAGUCCUCUUGACACUGUCCCUGGUUAAAUAAUACACCUAUGACUACUAAGGUGAAUUCUAAAUCUAAUCUAAACGAUAACUAAGAUCAUUGACUGUCAUAUGCACACGAUUCAAGUUGGUAACUGUUUGAUGCGAAAUGUAAAAAACAAGGAUUUAUGCACCAUACUAAACCAUCUUUUUUGAGAAGCUUAUUGGAAAUUUUCGAAGCAAAUAUUUGUUGUAGUUUCCGCCCAUGCAAGCAGCCAAAUGCGUGUAAGAACAGCACUGAGAAAAAAUCUAUUAAUGAUAUUCUUUGGCCUGAAACUUCCAAUAUGUUUCUCAAAACAGUUUUAUAACAACGACUUUCAUUUUUAUUGAAACAAUAUUCAAUUUAUUGGACACACAUUAACUAGUGCUACAUGUAUUUUGAUCAUGUUGAUUUAAGAACAAAGCAACAAUGUAUUAUCUUUUUAUUUUUAUGAAAUGAAAAUCAUAGUUAUACAACAUUACGUUUAUACUUGAACGUUGCUACUAAUAAAAGUAAAAUCCACACAUUUCAAAUUGCCACAGGAGGUCAAUGUGCGAAAAAUGAAAAAAGACAACGACAUUUUUUAUCUUUUUACACUAAAAAAAAUAAAAUGACAAUGAAUUACUCGUACAUUUAUUAUAUCCUAUAAGAUUCACGUCACACGUACUUUUUAACUUUUAAGUUCAUAUUUUGUAUAUUUGUAUAAAUGUUAUACCUCAAUAUCAAUCCAUUCUUUCAUUUCCCCUCAUUUCUAGAUUUCAUUUGUUGUUAUUGUGGUCAGUAUUCGUGUUCUGCAUCAUACAAAUGAGGGCAUUUACCCUAUUUCGUAACCUCUUAUGUAAAAACAGGUUCAUUUAUUGUAUGUUGAUCAUGUUUUAUGUUGUACAGUUGACAUUUUAUUCCACAUUGUUUUAGAAUUCUCUUAUGGCUAGUUUUGACUUUCUAUCAAUGUUACAUAGGAUACAUUCACGGUUGUACCUCCCUUUGGCAGCCUUUAAAGAACGUUUUGUCUUGUACGAAAUUCUGCAAACACCGCUCACAAUUAUUGUUAGAUAAUUUCUCUCAAACUCACUCAAAGAAACUGCAUACUACAAUGUAUAUGCACUAGACUGUUUACAUGUAAUUUAAUGUUUCCAUAUUAUACUUUAUGAUCACGAUGAACUUACUCGACAAUGAACUCUUGUAUAUGUUGCAAUUGGUUCGUCGCUCGCAGCUAGUUCCCACGAUUAAUUCAAUACCAAAUCAAUUUUAUCAUAUUUAGUGAUGCUCCUCCUUCCAAAUUGAUGGCUUGUAUUUUAACUCUGAGUCUGAUUUCUUCACAUUCAUUGCAUCUUAUACAGCAUUUCAUUCGAAUGUGUAAUUUACAUUAUAAAAGUGUGCAUAAACUGGUACAAACAGUAAUCGUUUAUUGUUAAGAAAAUAUUGUUAAAAUGUAAAGUAUUCUUUCAAAAUUAAAACUGAAAGCACAUCAUAAUGUGUUUUAUGACAAUCAA